UCUGUUCGCGUGAGGCUAUUGUCCGUCAAUCUUCAUUGUAAAAGCUUUACCUUCCAAAUCAAUGUCCAAGAUAAUGAGGAUGCGACCGUGCGCAAUGAAGAACGACGGCUGGCUGCGAAUCGCGUUCUCAGUCCAGCGCACUUAGUCUCGUCUCCAAUGCGUCUACUCCGAACUGUCUGUGACAUGACCGACUUAUUCUUAAAGAUUUACUGUGCAAUUGUCUUCUUUUCAUUGUGCAAGACAAACGCGUAUUGCCUCGUCUCGCAUACCUGCACCGCGAACACGCAAAUUUCUACAGAUACGGAUUAUUCAUCGACGCCCCCGGAAGAAUCGAUGUCGAUCUUCGAGGAGAUGGAGAACCGACUCUCGAGCCUGGAACGCAGAUUGCGAGCGAUCGAACAUCCGGUUUGGCAAAUCGGUCUGAAAGAGGAGGAUUGGGAGGUAUGUACCGCAGGACCCUGCAAAUGCGUACCGGAAAUGAAAUCGGUGUCCUGCUGGAGAUACAAUCUGCUGGAUUUACCCGCGUCGCAAUUGGUGCCCGCCGAUGUGCUGCGGCUGGAUCUCGGAGGUAAUCGGCUCAGCGCCCUGCACAGAGACACGUUUAGAAAUAUGACGCAGUUGCACCAUCUAGACUUGAGUAGCAAUCUAGUCGAGCAUUUGGCGCCGAGCCUGUUCUUAUCGCUGCACGGUAUCGCAAAUGUCAGGUUGAGCAACAAUCUCUUGAAGGAAAUACAACCCAAUCAGUUUUUUGGAUUAUGGGAUCUUCAAAUACUCGAUCUGUCAUCGAAUAGACUUUGUACUUUGCCGGAAGAUCUUUUUUUGAGUAAUAGUCACUUGGUCCUAUUGGAUCUCUCUUUCAAUCGCAUUUCAUUAUUACCUCCUGGUGCAUUUGAUGGUCUUGGAAAUCUCGAUGAACUGUUGUUGAAUAAAAAUCGACUAGCUCAAUUACCCGGUCGAAUUUUUCGGGACACCAAAAAACUCAGACGCCUCGCACUUGAAGAAAAUCGUUUGAAAGAACUGCCUAACGGUAUAUUUGAAAAUCUGACGUCGCUCAAAGAGUUAAAUAUGCGGACAUUAAAUAUGCGAUUGACGGAGGUGCCCAAAGAAUUGUUCGUGACCCUGUCACAACUGGAAAUUCUAGAAUUAUCAAGCAAUAAAAUAUCUCGUAUUGACGCAAAAGCCUUUUACGGUACGACAGCGCUUCGAGAACUUCGACUAGGACAUAAUCAUAUAAAACACUUGUCACCUGGAUUAUUCAACAAUUCUGUAUCCUUGGAACGUCUCAUUCUCUAUGACAAUCGUAUAAAAAUCCUAACAAGAGGUGUUUUUCGCGGCUUGUACAAUCUUACUUCUCUUUUUCUGCAAUCCAAUCGAUUGAGGAUACUACAAUCAGGAGUUUUCAAGGACACGCCGAACUUACGAAAGCUGCAACUGGAGUCGAAUGACCUCUCUUUCUUGCCAGCUGGUAGGCUGGUAUAAAAUUUUUAAAGGCUUUAUAUGCACCUACAUAAUAACCACUUCAGCGUUUUAUAGUCGAGAAAAUCGGGCAGCUCCUUCUGAGUCCCAUACACUUUUCUUUAUCGAUGAAUAGUGCAUCUGUCUUGGACUUCAAAUUGCUUUCUAAAUUAGAUUUCGUUCGCAAGAGUUGCUGAUGCUGUGCCUCAGUCUGUUGCAGUUUCAUGUUCAUAUUAUACAUUAUU